GCAUUGAAGGUAAGAAUAGUAGCCCUACCUAGGGUAAGGCACCCACUUCGGAAUCUUCCCAGAAUCUCGAAUAUGCACCCACUUCUGGCAACUAAGAAGUGAGUGGAUUAAUUAAGAUCCUGCAUCCCUUGCAAGGAUAGGGGUUUUGGCUUCAUACUCCAUGAGUGCCACUUUGGAAACAGAAGGUGAAAGCAGAAAGUGUCAUGUCAAGUGAAAGCAGCAAAAGGUGAAAAAAUAUGCAUCAGAUGUGGAAAAUGGAAAUGUUUUUGAAUACAUUAAGGAAAAUCAUGUGAAAUGUAUGAAAGUUAUCCCGAAAUCACUAUACCCGAAUCAGGAGUGGCUGCUUGAAGUUGGAGAUUCAAAAACAGACUAGGGCGAUGAUGUGGUUAAGAAGCAAUUACUGGAAUGAGAAUCUGAAGGUGAUAUGCACACUGGGUACUGUAGGUUAAAACGAGUAUGGCUGCUUUACCAUUGGCUACUGCUGAAGUUUGUGACGCACAUCCACACCUAAUCCAGAAUGGCGAGCUUCGUGCGCUUCAGCCGAUCUUCCAAAUCUACGGGCGGCGGCAGGUUUUCUCUGGCCCCAUUGUCACUCUCAAGGUUUUCGAGGACAAUGUUCUUGUGCGAGAAUUCCUCGAGGAGAAAGGUAAUGGUAGAGUUCUGGUUGUUGACGGUGGCGGAAGCAUGCGCAGUGCUAUAUUGGGUGGCAACCCUGUUCAACAAGCUCAGAACAAUGGAUGGGCUGGUAUACUGGUCAAUGGCUGCAUAAGGGACGUCGACGAGAUCAACGGUUGUGAUAUUGGGGUGAGAGCUUUGGCUUCACAUCCAAUGAAAGCCAACAAGAAGGGAAUUGGAGAAAAGCACGUCCCAGUAAAUAUUGCUGGAACGAGGCUAUGUGAUGGUGAGUGGCUUUACGCAGAUAGUGAUGGUAUUCUAGUUUCUAGGACGGAGUUGACUGUUUGAAAUCUCACCAUGACAACGUAUUUGCCUUUGUAUCAGCAUCGUCUGAACUUUAUUGCAUAUUUGUACUCAAGUGACAACCUUGUAUGUUGACAUAAUAGUUGAGUAUGUCCAUGGACCUCGGAUUUCAUGCGAAGAAACUCUCACAGGAAAAACCGAGUACUCAGUGAUGAUGUGCAUCUGGUGUGGUUAGAGAACGGAUAUAAUGAAGCAUUUUUGCAUCUAAAAUCAACAGAUGAGUGU